CCUUAUAUUUGCUUAUAUAAAGGAAUUAAAAAUUUUUGUUUGACAUUAUCAAAACUACAGGUGUACUUAUAACUGAAUGUGGACGCUAAAUUUGCGAAGAAAACCACGCAAAUUGCGUUCAAAGAAAAGCUAUGAAAUCGUUGCUGAAAUAUUGUAUUAACCUCAUCGUCUCACUUUUAAAAUGCUGCUAUUUUGGAUUUUCUUGCUUUGUUGUUUCCAUAGUAAUGUUCCGGAUUCUGUUGAUUCUUAUACUGUUAUGUUCACACAAACUUACAUCAUCGAAAGAACACAAAGGUUCCGGUCUUUCAAGCGUGUCAACAAAAUUAUUUGUCGGCGAAGAUAAACCUUAUAAUGAAGACGAGGCUAUUGCUUCCAAGCCAACUGGUUUAGCUUCGGUUCUACACGAACAAAAUAUAGAAAAAUAUGAUAACGAGACUUUAAACUAUAUAAAUAAAAAUAAAAAAGACUUAUAUGAUAAAACAAAAAAAGUCAAGACUAAGGAAAAUGUAGAAAAACUUGAAAAUAAUUUUAACAUCAAAAAUGCUGGUCUGGCUUCGAUAAACAUUCCACGUCGCGAGAAAGUUGAGAAUGUCAAAGAAAGCACAUUGUCGGAACAAAAAGACGUUGAAGAAACUAGUGACGAGGGGGGAACGGCAGAAGAUAAAAGGCCGUCGCAGAAUGACGAUGAAAAAGAUGUGAAGAAAUUGUUAGACAUUACAGGCAGGUUUUCUUUAAAACAAACAACGUCUCCGAGGGGCAGGAUACAUAUGAAAUGAAUAAUUUUUGACCUCUUUAUAUAGAUGGUGACAUAAAACCUGAAAAGGAGUACGACAUGACUGCAUACCCAGAAGCCCUGAAUUCUCCUGAA